UAAAACUAUUUUCUGAUUUUGAAGAAUAAUCGAAUUAAUAAUUUUGCUAUUUUAACACAGUUAAUUAUAAGAUUCACUAUUCUGCACGUAAUUUUACUAUAGUAUUGUAUUUUACUUUCCGAAUCUUUAAUGUUGUUCUGAUAUCCUUUUUGAAAUAGUAUUAGAAAAUACAAGUCGUAAUUUUAUGAUAUAAAAUGCACUAUUUAGGGUUAAUCAUGUUUUUCCGUGAUUUAUUUACGAUCACAACUCAAGACUUCCUGUUCAAAUAUCAAGUGGUGUUCAUUUAAUAGUUAGUGGCUUUAGAAAUUAAGAAUUUACUCCCUGGGCGUAACCUUUUUAUCCUGGGCACGGAAGGCUGUGUGAAAAUGUUUGAAACCUUUUUCUGAGAUCUGGUGAACUGUGCUUGUGUUGGAUCAUAAUGGCUGAAGACGAAGUGCUAUUCGACGAUGUGUACGAGCUCUGCGAAAUAAUUGGGAAGGGACCAUUCAGCUUGGUGCGAAGAUGUGUGCACCGCCAGACCGGUCAGCAAUUUGCUGUCAAAAUCGUUGAUGUUGCUCGCUUCACUGCGAGCCCCGGAUUGAGUACUGCAGAUCUGAAGCGUGAGGCUACGAUAUGCCACAUGCUGAAACAUCCGCACAUUGUGGAGCUCCUCGAGACUUACAGCUCCGAGGGAAUGCUCUACAUGGUCUUUGAAUAUAUGGAUGGCUCUGACCUCUGCUUUGAGGUGGUUCGCAGGGCCACAGCUGGAUUUGUUUACAGCGAAGCCGUGGCAUGCCACUACAUGCGUCAGAUUCUCGAAGCGCUCCGCUACUGCCACGAGAACGACAUAGUGCACCGAGACGUGCGGCCGCACUGCGUGCUGCUGGCCGGGCGCGACAACUGCGCGCCGGUCAAGCUGGGCGGGUUCGGCGUCGCCGCACAGCUGCCCGCGCCCAGCGCGCACCGCACGCCGCCAGAACUGGUGAUGGACACCCGACCACUUAUGGGUCAUAUGGGCCAAGCGUAUCUGAAAUCAGACGAAUAUGGCCGUAUCGGGACUCCCCACUACAUGGCCCCAGAAGUGGUCUCCAGCCAGCUGUAUGGCAAGCCAGUGGAUGUGUGGGCAGCUGGUAUUCUUCUUCACGUUCUCCUGGUGGGAUACUUGCCUUUUACUGGCACCAGGGAGCGCCUGUUUGAAGCUAUUUGCCGCGGAAGACUGCGGUUCGAUGCACCCCUUUGGGAUGACAUUAGUGACGCUGCCAAGGAUUUGGUCCAGCGCAUGCUGACUGUGGAUCAUACGCAACGAAUCAACAUUCAGGAUGUUCUGACCCAUAGAUGGAUUCGGGAUCGUGACAAGCAGAACCGCAUCCACCUCUCCGGCACUGUGGAAGAGCUGAAGAAGUUCAACAGCCGGCGCCGCCUCCGAGCAGCGACACUCGGCGCUUGCGCAGUCGACGACGAGGAGGACGAGGACGCGCCCGCCAGCCACCAGCUCAUGCUGGAGGAGGCCAGCGCAGCCGCUGUGAACCUAGUGGCCGAAUCACUGGAUGACGUGGCGGUGCUGCAAGAUGGGCCGCUGUUCAUGGACCCCGAUCUGUUCCAUAGCGUCCUCGAUGAUUUGCAGCUGAGAGCCCUCUUAGAGGUGUACGACCGCAUAGCCUGCACAGUGGUGGUGACAAGCGGCCGGGCGCCCGCUGCAGAAGGCCGCCAGCGCUGCCGGCAAGCGCUUGAAGCGGCCACGCGGCUGCGGCACUCGGGGCCCGGGCCCGCCGCCGCCUCGCCCGCCACCGCGUCCGCCAUCCACGAGAUGAGGAGGCUGCUCGCUCUGCCGCACAUCAAGGUACGUCCGCUGUGA